AAUCGUAUUGAAAACUUAACUGCUACUCAAGAUAAUAUGCAAGAUGAUCAAGCCAAACUUUUAGAAUCAAAGGCUAAUUUGAAUUCGGCAUCAAGAUUAGCUAAUAAAGUAUUAAAUGAAUUGGCCAGAAAAUGGAAAUCUGUAACAAAGCCUUUUCGUACACCACUAAAAAGUCUCUCUCAAUCAUCUGAAUGGCAAGAAUUUCAAUCAUCAGAAUAG